AUGCAAAAUAAUAAUGGGACUUUGUUAGCUAUCAUGGUAAAAGUGAGAGUGAUUGAUUAUAGACUGUAGAAAUCACUUAAGAUGAGAGAGAUUAAAUCUACAUUUAUGAAAAUGAUGAUCCUAGAGAUUUAGGGAUAACAUUUGCAUCUAAACAUGACCUCCCAGGACGUUAUCUAUUGAAGUUAAUUGAUAGCAUUUCGUAACAUAAAAAAUAAGCAUAACACACUGUUAAUAAUGAGUAGAAGAUUAUUAAUGAUCAAAAGUCAAAUUAUUUUAGAAAUUCUACGAAUUCAACACCUUAUAAGUAGAAUAGUCAAAUUUCUACUUAAAGUUGUUAAAAAAAGACUCCUUUAUUAAGUAAUAGAUCACAUUGUAGAGAUUUCUCAUAAGAUGGUAAUAUUUAUACAUUUAUAAUUAGUUACUAAAAUUAUUAGAGAUAAUAGUACUAGAUAAAUUAAACAAUUGAAAACUAGAGAUGAAAAUGAAUUAACUUUCACUCCUUAGAUUAAUAAGAAUUCAGAAUAAAUUGUUGUAAUACUUAUUAUACAAUAUUAUAGAAAUAAAAAUAAAUAGAUAAUAGUGUUGAAUAAAGACUAAUUAAUUAUGGUAAAAGAAAAGAAAUAAAAUUAUAAGAAUUGAGAAUGUAAAAACAACACUCACAAGAUUAGUAAAAUAAAUCAUUUACUUAUCAUCCUAAAACUACUUAGAGAUCACAUGAGAUUUUAAAUGAGAAAAGCUAGAGUAAAACAUAUAAAGAUAUUUAUAACAAAUAACCAGAGUAUUAAUGCAAUUACAAAUUUAGUAAUAAUAAUUCUUAUGUAUUAAAUUUACCAUGUGCCGAUCAAGGUAUAGUUUAAUAAGUUUGGAGAGCAUCCUUAAAGAAACUGUUCAAUAUGCUUGAUAAAGAAUAAAAAGGUGAAUUAAAUACUGAACAAGUUGACUUAUCCUAGAUGAGUUAUGAGAUGUUACAAAUAGUUGCUCCUGUUUUGCUUAUAAUGGAAGAAAGAGGAGGAACUUUCAAAUUCGAUAUAUUUGCUAAAGAGGUCACCAAUUACUGUGUCAAACACAACUUUGUUGAAAAUUUAUUUUCAUUACUAUUAUAAUGA